UGUAACGCGAGUCUCGUCCGCGCUAGUCCACACUACAAAUAUUUACUGAAUUGAGCGGAAAUCAUUGGUGAACUACACAUUCCCGGGCCUUACUGACGUUUCCAUUAACAAAAUGGAAUGAAGACCUAUGCUUACUUCUGUACCUCAAGCUCCAAGACAUUUCCGUUGCGUGGGUAAUUUAAUAAGGUGUAAAACCGAGCCUGGUCGUAACUCAAUAGUAAACAUUCACCAUGCCAAACUGCCUGGAAGACGGCUGGAUUCUUCCACUGAUUGACGAAUCAGGAUUGUCAAUACCUUUGCGACUCAUUUUAUAUUUCGUCGGAUUACUGUGGUGUCUGGUCGGCAUCGCCAUCAUCGUGGAAGUCCCCCUCGCCGCGAUAGAGGUGAUAACAAGCAUAUCAAAAACUGAACUAAAAGCAGACCCGGAUAACCCCGGCAAGUUUAAGAAAGUCCAAAUACCAUACUGGAACGGCGCUGUCGCCAAUAUGACGUUAAUCGCCUUUGGAACCGCAAUACCCAAAAUAAUGCUAGCCACGAUUGAGAUAAUAGCUAGUGAAUUCUACUCAGGAGAACUCGGAACAGCGACCAUCGUGGGAUCGUCCGCGUUUAGUCUUCUCUUCAUAACAGGUGUUUGUAUCAUGGUCAUACCGUCACCAAAGACACGAUACAUUAAGAAAGCUAAACCCUAUUUCAUAUUAGUAUUGGUUUUCUCACUAUUUGCAUAUUUGUGGGUUUUUAUUAGUUUAACAGUAAUCUCACCCCAGGUCAUUGAACUCUGGGAGGCGUUUCUAACUUUGACUCUGUACCCCGUUCUCGUUUUAUUGGUCUAUAUUAUUGACAACAAAUACAGACGCAAGAAGGUAUCCAAAACGCAGCAUUGGUUAAUACAGCCUACAGUUGACAAAAAUGGUGAUCCCCUCACUACUAGCAGCGUCAAUGCACGCAGUAUUGCCAGUGUUAUUAAAGAUGCAGGUGGUUCCCGGCGGACUGUAGAAGAGGCUGCUGCCAUAGCAACGGUAAAAGCAAAUGCACAUAUAAGGAGGUCAGCUGCAUGGUAUUACGUUGGGGCGACACGAAACGUCACCGGAAGUGAAAGGUUGAUACCACAAGUCAAGCCUAAAAGCAAUACCAAUAUAACAGGGGAAGGACUCGGAGAAGGUCCGUUUGACGGAUCUGUCGUCGAAUUCUCGUCUCCUGUGUAUGCCAUCCAUGAACACGAAAAACGGGUCUCUCUUAAGAUCUUAAGGAAAGGAAACAAUGAUAAAGUGAUUUUAUUUAGGUUCGAAACGAUCAGUGGCACGGCGGAAGCCGGUGUAGAUUUUGUUGCUCGUCGAGGGGUACUUAUUAUGGAAGCAGGGCAGCGUUCAUUAAACCUGGAUAUCGAGAUAAUUGAUGACAAUACUUGUGAACCGAAUGAAUCUUUUUAUGUCAAACUGUGUCACAACGACGAUAGUAACAGUGAUGUUAAGCUAGGCAAACAAAAUAUCACCGAAAUUAAAAUAAUGGACAACGAUGGUUACGGACUUCUAGAGUUUGACAAGCCUACAUAUUUAUUCAAAGAAAACAUUGGAAUUGCUCAAUUACCUAUCAUGAGAAAAAGUGGCGCUAAAGGUAGAGUAAGUGUAAAGUGGAGGACGACAGACAAAACAGCAAUUCAUCGUAAAGAUUACGAAGGCGGAGAAGGGGAGGUGGUAUUUGAACACGGCGAAACAAAGAAGAUGCUUCACAUUCGUAUCAUUGAUGAUCAACAGUACGAGAAAGACGAAAAGUUCGAAGUGGAGCUAAGUGCGCCUCGUGGGGGCGCUGGACUUGGAAAGGUUUUCCGUACAACCGUAACAAUACUUAACGAUGACGAAUACAGGGAUUUAGUGGACAAAACCGCCUGA